AUGGGCUCGUCGAGGUGCGAGGGCCUCGUGCGCAUUCGGGAGCGUGUCGUCUUUCAUUCUUCCUCUAGUGUCGACGAUCCAGACGACAACUUAGACGCGAUAUCCUCGUCGUCGUCCUCUAGUAGCCAAUUGCGCUCCGCUGGACGUUUAAGUGACGACGUGUGGUAUUUUUGCGUCUCGAAGGCACCUGUUGCGUCUGUGGAUUGGUUCACAGUGGACGCCAGCACCGAAAGUAGCGAAGAAGAAGACGUAUCGGCCACUACGAGCUCCAGUGGCGCUGUGUUGCUGGCUAGUACCAGAGUCUCGAGUGUCGAGGCCGUAGAUGGUGAGAACGUAAAACUACCCGAGAGUGACGGUGAAAACACUGGAGUGUUUGUCAAUUUGGCAAUGGACGAGGAAGAGCGGAAAAGACUGGAAGCUGUCUCGUUCUACGUCGAAGACGAGAGUUCUGGUGUUGCGCUGCUGCUUGAGACCGAGUCGCAAGAACACAGAGACGAAUGGGUGACGUUUCUAGGUGAAUUGCUCCCUAAGGAGGCCGAGGAGAGCGCAGAUGGUCAGGAAAGUGAAGAAGCUGGCGAGGAUGUAGCGGAGGAACUCGAGUCUAUGCACUUAGCAGCGUCCAGGUCGUCGAUUUCCAUGCGGUCGCUGCUUCAUCAAGGCAAAUCGGAGAAUCUACUCGAAGACGAAGACCCAUUCGGCCUACUAUCACUCACAACGUCGGCCUUGAGCUCGAUAAUGCCGAUGGAUGACGAAGAAUCAGUAAUGACGACGAAUACUGCGCCUGGGAUGUUCGCGAUGGACCACUUCGAGUUAGCAAAGGGAAAUGGCGAAGAAGAUAUCGACGACAUGGGCGACAGCGACACUAGCGGUGCGAACACAGACUCGGACUUUGCCGCAGAUACCGCAGUCGAUUCUUCUUCGCUGUUGUUUUUUUCAGGCAGAGGGCAACAGAUAGCAGUUCGUAAGCGGUCAAACAGCAACGUCACGGACCCUUUGAGCUCCAGUAUGGUCAAAGAACCCGCUCGGAGUCGACGACACAGUCUGGGUGCUGUGUUUGGCUCGUCCCCACAGCCAACAAACGGCUGUAUGCGCUGUAGCAAGAGAUUCGGCAGACUUAUCCAUACGCCCAAGGUCUGUGCGUCCUGUUCGCAUCGAUUUUGCCGCGACCACUGCAACCAGUGGACAGCUCUAACCACUCCAGAGUCGAUCACACUGCCAAGUCCUGACAUCGGCGCUAGAGCGACUCCAGCAGAGCAGAAGCGUGUGUGCAUGGACUGCAUGGUAAGACAGCAGUUGCUCUCUUCUCUGCAAGAAGCGGGUGUGUACUAUGCCUCUGCAGUCGACGAAGCAGGUGGAUUAUCACGACUUGUGCGCUGGAAAUUCUUUGAUCAAAGCCCCAAGCUGGAGAUUGCAAACCAUAUACGCGCUCGAAGUCUUGGGCCGUUGAGUCUCCUGUCGGCGAUGUUUAAGUAUCGACAACAGCCCUUCAUGUUCGUGGUGGUGUUAGCGCAACUCGUGCACAACGUGGAGAAUUGUAUGGACACGAUGGAGUUUUACUGGCCCCAGUUCCUGCAGUGGGGGUUUGUCAACCUUCCAGACGCCUCACCCAGUGUACGAGCCUUUUAUCUCUUCUUCCUGGCUGCUACGGCGCGUCGUAGUGUCCACUUGGCAGUCAAAGCGACGUGGGAGUGCAUUGCAGCUCACUGGGACGCAAUGUCGGGAGGGUUCUACAAGCGCGGCAACGGCAUUGUAGUCAUGUUAUUCUUUGUUACGAACGUCAACUUUGGCGAACCUCGCAGUGUCCUGCCGCAACUAUUGUUCCCGCAAGCGCCACUGCAUCAGCGUGAGUCAUUGGAGAAGCUGCUUGGACAACUGUACGAGUAUGUACGAAGAGCAUAUGCUGCGUCGCAGCGCGAGUCUCCGUUCUUUGAGUGGCUUCUCGCUCGCAGCAAGGAGGAAACCGUGGUCAGUUCUCGAAACAUUCAGACUCAGCUCCGUGUCGGCGAUGGAUUUCUCGAUCCGUUCCCCUUGGACUACCAUGAACAAGCACAGCUAAUGAUCCUGGAACGUCAAAGAUCAGGCACGCAGCAUCUCGUGGAAGCGAAGCAGCGCAUGUGGAACAAACCAGCGCAGCAUAUUUUCAGUGACGAAGUUCGGCUCGUGCGCUUCUUAGUGGACCUGUGCACGUACUUGAAAGAGAACAUUUCGGAGCCUUCUCUGCGGAAGAAACAGCUCCCUGCAUUGUUACAGGAAAUGUUACGAGGCAAACACAUCCGACCCGAGGCUGCGUUGCCGCUCUCUGGAGCCAUGGCUCACCCUCAUCGUGUCGUCAACGUACUCGUCAAUGAAGGAACAGUGUUUUCCACCAAGGCUCGAGCCCCGACGUUGGUUUUCUUCGAGAUUAUCGCGUCAUCUUUAGGAUGUGAUGGCGAAUCUCGCGAACUUGAUCCCCUGCCUAAGCACGACAGCCAAGUUGAUGCGUUGGUGGAUAAUGCGGUGAAAAUGGAGCAAGAAAAAGACGAUUUAUUAGCUCCAGAGCAGCUGGAGAUCCUCAACUAUCUUGACGGAGAGACCGUUGGAACGUACGUGGCCGACUUAAUCCCCGUCAGUCGCAGCGAUUCUCAAGCUUCUUUUCGGUCUUUCAUCUCCGAAGACCUCGAUAGACUCAGCACCGUAUUGCCAGCUGGCUGUACGCCACUUAGUGAGAUGGCAGGUUACUCCGACGAAGGCGAGGCGGAAGAAGUAAGUGGUGACGUUGGCGCGGACACGAGUGACAGCUUGGACUCGACAAACGCAGCACAAGUUCUUAAGUGUCCGUUCUUCGGCGAACGCUUUGCUGACACGCAGAAGCGUAUCCGCGAAGCGAGCACGUUUUCUCGCUUUGACGGGUGGGCGUUAGCUCCGGUGAUUGCCAAGAGUUUUGACGAUAUGCGUCAAGAAGUGUUCGUGCUACAAGGAUUGAAGCUGUUCCAACUCAUUUUCCGGAAACAUAGUCUCAAUCUCUGGAUGCGAUACUACAGUAUCGUGUGUGCAGGCAAAGAUUGUGGCUUACUGGAGGUGAUCACGGAUGCGCAGUCACUGGAUGGAUUGAAGAAGAAAGGCACGAAAAUCAGUGGCGUUGGUACGUCAUUGCCCGUUAUCUUCGAACGGGCUUGCGGCCGAGACCCCGUUACGGGUGAACACGACCCGGUCCGCUCGGAGAGAGCUCGAGCGAAUUUCAUCUCGAGUAUGGCGGCGUACAGCCUCUUUUCCUACAUCUUCCUGGUCAAAGAUCGACACAACGGCAACAUCAUGCUGGACACUGAAGGGCACGUUGUUCACAUUGAUUUCGGCUUCGUUCUGGGUAUUGCGCCGGGCAACACCUUCAGUCUCGAGACUGCUCCGUUCAAGCUGACGCAGGAGAUGGUGGAGAUCAUGGGCGGAGAGGGUUUCGACUACUACCGACAGCUCGUAGCUCAAGGUUUGCUUGCCUUGCACUUGGAAGCUCAGCAACUGCUGUCACUCGUGUAUCUCUCGUCCAAAGAUUCGUGCUUCCCAUGCUUCAAAGGGCGAUCUCGGGCGCGUAUUGUGCGGCGACUAAGUCGUCGACUGUGUAUCGGAUGGAGCGUACAAGACGUGGAACGCACAGCUGCUCGCAUCGUCGACAAGAGCAACGGACACCGCGGCACAAGGCAAUACGAUUGGUUCCAGAAGAUUUCCAAUGGCAUUUCACCCUAA